AUGAACAGAUCCGCGCAAGUUUUUUCUUUUCUUCCCCAUCCUCUGGAGAACAAACUGCCCAUUUCUUUCUUUUCCCAAAAUCCCACAAAAAAAAUUACUGUCUUCUCUUCUAUUUCCAUAUCAGCAAUUCUAACCAAAGAACAGGAAGAAGAUAGCAAAAGCAUAAGCCAAGAAAUACCCACUUUCAAUUUCAAGGCCUAUAUGGUUGAGAAGGCAAGUUCUGUAAACAGGGCUUUGGAAAAUGCAGUCUUGUUGAAGGAGCCUUUGAUGAUUCAUGAGUCGAUGAGAUACUCACUUCUUGCUGGAGGAAAAAGGGUUCGUCCCAUGCUGUGCAUUGCGGCGUGUGAACUUGUGGGUGGGGAAGUAUCCACUGCAAUGCCUUCAGCCUGUGCUGUUGAAAUGAUCCACACCAUGUCUUUGAUUCAUGAUGAUCUUCCGUGUAUGGAUAAUGAUGACCUACGGCGGGGGAAGCCCACAAAUCACAAGGUGUUUGGUGAAAAUGUGGCUGUUUUAGCUGGUGAUGCACUUCUUUCACUUGCCUUUGAGCACAUGGCCACUGCCACAAAAGGGGUAUCAUCAGAUAGGAUUGUUAAAAUGGUAGGUGAAUUGGCAAAGUGUGUUGGAUCUGAAGGACUAGUAGCUGGACAGAUAGUCGACAUAUUCUCUGAGGGAUUAACAGAUGUGGAAUUAGAGCAUUUGGAGUACAUUCAUAUACACAAAACCGCAGUUUUAUUGGAAGCAUCAGUGGUUCUUGGUGCUAUUUCGGGUGGUGCAAAAGAUGAAGAAAUUGCUAAAUUGAGAACGUUUGCUAGGUGUAUUGGGCUCUUGUUUCAGGUGGUGGAUGACAUUCUUGACGUCACUAAAUCUUCCCAAGAAUUGGGGAAGACGGCCGGGAAAGAUUUGGUGACUGAUAAAAUGACUUAUCCAAAGCUGCUUGGCAUUGAGAAAUCGAGAGAGUUCGCUGAGGAAUUGAAUAGGGAGGCUCGAGAACAGCUUUCUGGAUUUGAUCCCGAAAAGGCUGCUCCUUUGAUUGCCUUGAGUAAUUACAUUGCUUACAGGGAUAAUUAA